UCCUUUCUGUUGCCUUUCCAGGUGAUGGUAAUACAAAUCCUACAAAAUGUAAUAAUAUGAAAAGAGAGGGAGACACUUCAGGAAGGAGAGUGUCAGUAGAGGGUAUUAACAGAACAGAGCAUAGAUCCUUUGAGAAUGGAGUUUGUCAAUGCAAAAUAAUGCAGUACCGUGCUAGGGAUGCUUGGUCUAGCUUUGAGCCAACUGGAGGUGAUUCUUUUGUGGCACAGAGAAUCAUAGUUGCUGAAGGCAAAAGAAAUGAGGCCCUACCUUUAGAAAAAGCACCAUUUGCAUCAAAUUAUUCAAACGUAAAAGCAACAAGCCGCUCUGAAUUCGCAAAGAAGCAUCAUUUUAAGGGAGUAAAGAAAAAGACAUGGAAUUCUGAGGAGCCAAGAAACGUAUCUAAUACAGUAACAGGCAAAG